UUCCCGUCAGUGAACGUUUGUGUUACAAGAUUACAUGUAACCGGCUCCAACAGUAGUAAUGUAGGAGCAGUGUGAAUAUUUUGCUUUUAUGAGCGCUAGCUGGUCCCUGGCGUAGCUGAGCUGACAGGUUUGGUGUUGGCUAUAGAGUAGAUGGAAUGCCAAAAUAGCGAGUCAGCUAGCCUUUACAUCUAGCUUGCUGUUAACCUGGUCCAGCGUGUCAGGCUUACUUCGCGUCAGUCCAGCGAGAACGGGGAAAUGACCUCAGCCUCCACAAAAGUUGGGGAGAUCUUCUCUGCAGCAGGAGCUGCCUUCACAAAGCUAGGAGAGCUCACCAUGCAGCUGCACCCAGUGGCGGACUCCAGCCCUGCAGGCUCCAGUGCCCCAAACAAGACCACGGUGAAAAGGAAGUUGUAUGAAGACAGUGGUGUGACCAUCUCCUCUGAAAUGUCGAAAAAGACCCUCAAGAAGCCUACUGCAGUGGUCACCGUGGCUGCCCAGGACCCCCAGAGUGUCCUCACCAUGCCAGCAUCAAACUAUGUGGCGACCUCAGGGCUGCAGGGCACUUCUUCUACCCAGCUGCCCCUGAAGAAGCAGAAAACUGCAGAUGUGACACUCAGUGCUCUGAAUGACUCUGAUGUCAACAGUGAUCUGGUGGACAUUGAGGGACUUGGAGAGGGUUCCAACUCCAAAAAACUCAACAACUUUGAUCAAGAUAACCUGAACCUGGACUCCAGCCUCAUCAUGAACUCCACCGACCUUCCCCUGCUUUCCCACUGACCUCCAUCCUGCUCUCAGCUGUUCAUGUGGGGCACAUACAUCACUGCUGCUUUUUAUCAGGAAUUAGUGAUAGUUUGGCAGAAGAGAGAACUUUUAUUGGUGUUGUCUUUCCUUUUAAUUGACCUGUACUGACUUUUGCUUUCUGGAAAAGACAAGAACAUGAUUUUACUGAAAGAUCUCACCGACCCUCAUGCACCAUGAAUUGCUUUCCUCCUCUUCUCAAGGCAGAAGGCAAUGAACGAGUGUAACAGAAAUGUUUGGAAAUCUGACAAAAGCUGUAGCUAGAAAAUAAAACACCUGUUUCCUGCU